CAAACUUCAAUCAUAGCAAAUAAAAUAAAACUUGUAAAAGUCUGAAUUGUUUAUCAUCACAAGCUAAAGAAAAAAUUUUUGUUUGUUUAUUUACUGAAGACUUUUUCGCUACAAAAGGAAAAUAGGACUGGAAAAUAAAAUAGCUUAUGUCGGACUAAAAAUUUUAUUUGCUUUGUUUUUAUAACACCUUCCAAAUUGCACUAUCCAAAAUAAUGUAAAAAUGGCAAACAAAGGUAAAUUCACCUUUGUUACAUCGCAUUAUAAUAGUAAACAUAUGAAUAACUUUAGUAAUCAGAGAUCUUCAAACCAAGACCCAUUAAUUAUAUUUGAAUCUGAUUUAAACCCUCGUAACCCACUGGACGAUAGAUGCGAAUAUGAAAUUAACUCUGGUGUACAAUAUAGACUUAUAGAAUCUACAACAACCGCAGAUAUAAGACAAAUACAGCCAAUACAAUUACAGCAGCAAAUACAAGAAUCUGCGAGAAAUAAAAAUACUCAGCGUCUGGAAAAUAAUACACAACGUGCAGAUUCAAACAUAAGUGAAAUACAAACAAACAGACCAUGUAUUAUAUAUCCAAAGAUACCAAUAGUCCCAAAUUUAGAAACAAAAACGAAAAUAAUAGAGCAUCCCUCACGUCCUCCAAAUAGAAAACGUGAUGAAGCCCGACGAGCCAACCAUAAUGAAGUAGAAAGACGUCGACGUGAUAGGAUUAAUCAAUGGAUAGAAAAACUAAAAAUAUUAUUACCAGAAGAUGAUUGGCCAGAAAAACCAAGCAGUACAUCGAAAACAUCAAAUGAUUCAAAAAGUGCAAUUUUAAUUAGAGCUUGUGACUAUAUAAAAAAUAUGAAAGAAGAAAUAGAAAGCCUCAAAGGAAAUUUGUGCCUUGAAAUGGAUGAACUCGUUAGUUUAAAAGAAGAAAAUAGUCUACUAAGAGCUGAAAACGAAAUGUUACGUAUUCAAAAUGAAAAAUUAAAAGAAGUAUUACCGAAUGAAAAAUAAAACUUAUUCUUGAGACUAUCAGCCAAUAUCUUUGGUGAAUAUUGGAUUCAAAAUUGUCGUACCUAGUUGAGUUUUAAAUUUCUAGAUCAACCUCGUCCCCCCCAAAUUAUAGUUAUUUUUUGUUAUAUUUUCUAUGUUAAGCAACUUAUAGAGCCCUAAAUUUAUUGAAUAUAGUUUUAUAUUGGAAAUUAAUUUUUGUAAUUUGAUGAAAAGCUAAUAAAUUUUAGUUUUAAUAAACAUUAUUUAGUUGUAAAAAACUGUU